CGAGGAGGGGAAGAGGCGAGGAGGGGAGGAGGGGACCGUGCGUUGUGAUGCUACCGGUGACGACACUUCGAACAGAGCAUAGCCCAAGAUUACCAAAGCCGACAGAGGAAUCGGGGUUGUAGCAACAUCCAGCAAGGCGACAUCCAGAUUACCGAUCGGCCAGUGCACGCCGAGGCUGUUGUGAUCACCGAUCCGGCUUUGAGAUGUUUCCGUGCGGCAGCAGGGCGUGCAGUCUCUCCGCUCUCGCCUCGCUGCUCCUGGCGGGGUUCGUGGCCGCCUCCUCAGAUAUGUUUGACAACCAGCUCGGUGACAUCAAUUACUGCAAGAAGCAAUGCCAGAUUACCGUCAAAAACAAAAGCCCCGCUAAAGAUGGCAUCAUGAACGCGUGCCACCGUGGCUGUCGUCUCUACUCUAUCUGUCAGUUUGUCAACGGAAACGCUGGCUUCAACACCAGCAGAGAGGAGUGUCAGGGAGCCUGUCAGGAGGCUUACAGGAAGCUGUUGGAGCAGCAGGCGUGCAGUGUGGGCUGUGCCAGCCAGCCCUCAGAACCAGAGAUCAAGAGGAGGAAGCUGAAGGCCCUGGCUCACCGCCCCCAGCCCCCCUCCAUCAUGGACACCAUCUCCAGCUGGUGUAACGACAUUGUCAGCUCCGCCCACAACUUCAUCUCUUCCACCUGGACCUUCUACCUGCAGGCCGACGAUGGCCACAUGCUGGUCUUCCAGAGCCAGCCAGAGAUGGAGUACUCCCUCCCAGAGCUGCAGGCUCCUCGCUCCAGCAUGCAGGAGCCCCGUCCUCCCGGCCCUCCUGGUCCCCUCACCCACCCGGGUCCCCUCACCCACCCGGGUCCCCUCACCCACCCGGGUCCCCUCACCCAGAGGCCCCGCGGUGUACGGGGUCAUGGAGAGAAGGCAGCAGACAGGCUGGGAGGGAAAAAGGCAGCUCAGCACCCAGACCAGCCCACCACUGAGCACGACCUGCUGGGCUGCAUGUCCAGGAGGUCAGGGCUUCCCAGGUGGAUCCUGGCUGUGUGUCUGUUCCUCUCCAUCAUGGUGAUGCUCUGGCUCAGCUGUGCCAGCCUCGUCACCGCCCCAGAGCAGCACGUCAAGACUCAGCUGAGUAUUAACGGAGAUAAGGAGUUCCUGGACGACGUCCGGAAGGUCAGCCCCUCCCACCUGACCCCCGUCAUCGCCGUGGCCGUCGACCAAUCAGAGGAGGGCGAGGAGGCGGGUCCUCUGCCUGUCAAGGUCGACCUCAACAAGACAGCUCUCUAAGGAACCAAUAGAAUCGCUUUGCUCUGGUUUCCCAGAGUAACCAUGUCUACAUCUCCUGUGGUAGACAGUUAAAUAGCAACACACACACACACACACACAUACUGACACACACUAACCCUGAGAGGAGGACAGAGCAGUUACGGUGUGUGUGAGCAUGUGUGUGUGUGUGUGUAUUUGCUAACAUGAUAUCAAAUCAAUAAAAUCAGGACUCCCAGUUGAAGCAGAGCCACCCUGCUCUCUAGGAACAGUAGUAAUAACGUCAUAAUUCAGUGUAUUUAUUUAUUCAAGCUUGUGUGUUCAGGACCAGUAUGUGUGGUAGAGUGAAGCCAGGUCAUGUUCACCAGUAGAUCACUGCUGCCCUGAUCAGUACUGUACUACUGUACUAUCAUGAUCAAUAACCUGAUCAGUACUCUACUACAGUACUAUCAUGAUCAAUAACCUGAUCAGUACUGUUCAUCCCAUGCUGUGCCCUGCGCUUUCUAAUAGCCAGCUGUUUUACACAUGGGGGGUGAUGAUGAUGCGUACUGCAAAGUACCCCCCACCAUCUUGGGCUGUUUCCAGAUAAGCUGCUGUAUCGUUAGCACCAGCCUUCAUGUAACCAUAGUAGUAAUAUGUAGUAAUAUGCUCCUGAGUAAACUCGGAGGUGGGCCCUCCUCUCCCAUCCUCCUCCCCUCCUCUCCUCUCCCAUCCUCCUCUCCUCCCCAUCUCCUCUCCCAUCCUCCUCCCCUCCUCUCCUCCCCAUCUCCUCUCCCAUCCUCCUCCCCUCCUCUCCUCUCCCAUCCUACUCUCCUCCCCAUCUCCUCUCCCAUCCUCCUCCCCUCCUCUCCUCUCCCAUCCUACUCUCCUCCCCAUCUCCUCUCCCAUCCUCCUCCCCUCCUCUCCUCUCCCAUCCUACUCUCCUCCCCAUCUCCUCUCCCAUCCUCCUCCCCUCCUCUCCUCUCCCAUCCUACUCUCCUUCCCAUCUCCUCUCCCAUCCUCCUCCCCUCCUCUCCUCCCCAUCUCCUCCCCUCCUCUCCUCCCCUCACUUC